AUGGCUGCCGGGAAGUUACUGCUCUACGCCGGGCUCUCGCUGUCUCUCUGCGCCCUGGCCAUGCUGGCCGUGGCGAUGUGCUCCGACCACUGGUACGAGACCGACGCCAGGAGGUACAAGGAUCGUUGCCGAAGCUUUUCCAGCCGCCGCAAGGUCCCGGGCUUCAUCUACAUUCCCAACAACAGCCUGCCGCUGCGGGCCAGCCGUGAAAGCGGCAGCAGCGGCGGCGGCGGCAGCAGCAGCGCGUCCCGCUGGGGGGAGAAGCUGAUGCUGCUGGCGCGACACCGGAGGCAGCUGUUUGCCAUGAGCGCUGCGGACGAGUGCAGCAGGCAGUACAACUCCACCAACAUGGGGCUGUGGAGGAAGUGCCACCGGCUGGGCUUCGACCAAGAAAUUGAAGAUCUGAUCCGGAAAGAUUCCAUCACCAGGUGUUCCUACAUCAAGUACCACUACUCCUCAGCUACGAUACCCAAAAACCUGUCGUACAACAUCACCAAGACGAUAAGGCAGGACGAGUGGCACGCCCUCCACUUGCGGAGAAUGACGGCGGGUUUCAUGGGCAUGGCGGUGGCCAUCAUCCUGUUCGGUUGGAUCAUCGGAGUCCUUGGCUGCUGCUGGGAUCGGGGUCUGAUGCAGUACGUGGCCGGUCUCCUCUUCCUCAUGGGCGGAACGUUCUGCAUCAUCUCUCUCUGCACGUGCGUCGCUGGCAUCAACUUUGAGCUCUCCCGCUUCCCCCGCUACCUGUACGGCCUGCCCGACGACAUCGGCCACGGCUACGGGUGGUCCAUGUUCUGCGCCUGGGGAGGCCUGGGCCUCACCCUCAUCGCUGGCUUCUUCUGCACCCUGGCCCCCUCCGUCCAGCCGAUACCCCGAUCCACCUGCCCCAAGUCCCGACAGGAGAACGGCACGGUCUGCUAAGGACGGUUGUCGAGGACUGAAUUCAGGAACUGUUCCACGUCUCGGAUCAUCGUCUCAUCUCGGGGUCCACGUUUUUGUUUUUUUAUUUGUGUGUUUCAAAUCGGGUGUCUUGAAGAUCUUG